UGCUAAUUUUCUCAUGUCUAACUUCCAUCUGUAAGCCCCAGUUUCCUGAUGUGUGUAUAGCACAGCAGUGGUCAUGUGACCUGCACUGUCCAGGUGUGGAUGGGCGGGAUAUAAAAAAGCCGCCGUGUGAUGGGUCGGUUCGGGCUGAGGGGAGACGGCGGUAAUUGAGGUUGACAGUGAGCUGAUCAGAGACUCCCUCAUUGAACAACAAGACCUGACCGAGGGAUAUACUCAACUUCUUCUCCAGGAAAGACCAUGUCAGGACCGAGGCCGGUGGUGCUGAGCGGUCCAUCCGGAGCGGGGAAGAGCACGCUGAUGAAGAGGCUCCUGAAGGAACAUGAAGGCGUCUUUGGAUUCAGUGUGUCACACACGACCAGGAACCCUCGACCUGGAGAGGAAGACGGCAAAGGCCUCAACACUCUCCCCCUGCUUCUGGGGGCUACUUUACUGCCCGUAGCUGACGUCUUUUCCUCCGAAGACUUAGAAAACUCAUUGUCGUGUCCAAAUGAAUCAGAAACCACACACGAAGAUUACCACUUCACCACCCGGCAGGUCAUGCAGGACAGCAUCGAUCAGGGCGAUUUCAUCGAGAACGCUGAGUUUUCCGGGAACUUGUACGGAACAAGUAAAGCAGCCAUAGAAGACGUGCGGGCCAAGAACCUGAUCUGCAUCCUGGAUGUGGACAUCCAAGGGGUGAGGAGGAUUAAAGAGACGGACCUGAACCCCAUCUACAUCUCCAUCCAGCCCCCGUCCAUGGAGGUCCUGGAAAAACGUCUGCGAGACCGACAGACGGAGUCAGAGGAGAGUCUACAGAAACGUCUGGAGGCAGCUCGCGUUGACAUUGAGCUCAGUAAGGAGCCAGGGGUCUUUGACGUCAUCAUCAUCAACGAUGACCUGGAACGCGCCUACGCGGAGCUGAAGGAGAUCCUCAAUGAUGAAAUCCAAAAGGUUCAAGAGAACAAAUCCUAAAAAGGCCACGCAUCCGUACCUCAGGACGCGACAAUGCUCGUAAGCAACUUAAGGAAAGUCCCUGCUGGAGAAAGCUUGUCUGUUAUGCUCCAAGUGUCACGGCGGAGAGCUUAGUUCAGCAGGUUGUCCUGCUCAGGAGAAAAAGAAAGCAAGAUGGAGGUUUGUGUUAGUAGAAUAUUUAGACGCGGUUAGAUUCUAAUUAGCCCAGUCUAUUCCUCACCCGCAUUGGGAAAUUCUCAAGUGGGGGUUGGAGGGCAGUCUGCGCUCACUUUAUUUGGUACACCAUGUAGCUAAUUAUUAGAAAGGCCUGUGGACAUGAGUGGAUGUAUACGGUGUCACUCACUGGGAUGUCCAGGUGGCGUGGGAACACCCGCAUGCAAGUUCGUGCUGAAUCAAUAAAACCAGACAAUCACCAAUCGACUUGAUGGUGUUUA